GUUCGCCCACGCUUCUGUCGCAGCUCCUUUCCCCCGCCAGUCAUGUGAGCAGCAGCAGCCGUACCGGUCGUUCUACCGGUCUUCUGUCCGAGUGCUCGUCCACGUUUUCCUCCAGCCGUCGUUAUCCAGCAUCUCCUCCAUCUUCUCCUCUCACGUCUACUCGUCCACUGACUCCAUCUCGUGAACCUUCUGCGCCACUCCCCCGUCACCGCUGUCGUCUUUUGCUCCUCCUCCUCCUCCUCCUCCUCCUCCUCCUCCUCCGGCAAUUGUCUAGUCAGCUUCUUUCGGAGAGCGGAGCUGAAGAUGAAUCUCUGCCACUCAAAUCAUCCUUGUUCGCGCGUGAUGUCAUCAAGAUGUCUCUCUCGCUACGUCCGUCUUCUCCAGCGAUCUUCAACCUUCCACCACCAGAACCGAAGUGGCGGAUGCCAAACAUUUGGAUUACAAAGGCAGAGCCCCCAGUUUGAUCGGUGCAAAAGUCGAGAACUCCCUUUUGUUGAGUCCUUAAGGGGUUCUUGCUUCAGACCUUUUUCUGCUACCUUUGAGGCCGGCAGCACUCCGUCUCUGAGAAAAGUUAAUGAUGAUUGGUCAUUUCUUUCCAAGAGCCAUUCCUCCCAGGGCCUUUAUAUCGCUCGACCUACGUUACGGACAACAAGGGACAGACUUUUCUGUACGACUACGGCUUCUGCUACUCUGGGUCAAGGCGCAGCUGCUGUCGGAUCAGUUAUGGAUGAACAACCUGCCGAGAAGAAGGGCGCAGAGUCAUCAACAGUUGUAGAACGAAAGAAGCGUGUGGUAUCAGGUGUUCAACCGACAGGAACGAUUCAUCUUGGAAAUUACCUUGGGGCAAUCAAGAACUGGGUGACCUUGCAGGUGAGCGAUGGUGCCUUCUUUUAGGGCAAUCAGAAGAACUGGGUUACGUGGCUAAGUCAAAGACAGAGCAACUGUUGAGUAAAACAAUCCACUAGCACUGGUCCUCACAGAGUGGCCAUUAUGUGAUCAUGGUUUGAGGAAAUGAUUUCUUAGUGUUUUGAAAUGUGGGUCGGAACUAGAGACCAUCAGAUCUGGCGAACCUUAAGUUGGCGGAUGAUACAACCGUAAAGCAGACCACACAACGUCACCUGAUUCAAGAUGUAAAGAAAUAAAUGAUUAAAAGGCUAAUAAAAGCCUAAUAAAAGG